CCCAACGAAAGAACAAGCAUGGCUUUGUCGACGAUUGAGCAUUUAAUUCUUCAAGCAAGGUCUAUGCCACAAGAUGAGAUUGACAAGUUGUGUAAUGUUGCCUUUGACACCUUCCAUCAGUCUGAUAAAUCAGCAGAUUGUAGCUUUGCACUGAGACAGUUAGUAUUUAUUCUGCAAGCUUCAACCACAGAACCAAGCCUUCCUAAGAAGCUAAUUGGCUUAAUGCUGCAGUCCCUGGGGUCCGGGAGGUCAGGCGUGAGCAAGAGGAAGCAGUGUGUGUUGUGUUCUGACCUCCUGCGGGAAGUGCUCCCUUCGGAUGAGCUAUCUCUACAGGAUGGUCAAGCACCUCUCACCCCGAACAAAAGUGUGGAGUACUUGCCUCUGUAUAUCAUACAGGGUCAUGCUGAGGGUUGCCUUGACAAGAUAGUUCCUUUUGCUUUACGAUGGUUGACUGAGGAAAAGCUGGAUUGUGAUGUACAGAAAAAAUUGUUCACUUUUCUGGUUGGUGUGGAAACUCUACACAGACAUAUGCUGUCAGAAGUUGAUGUCACAAGCAUCAGUAAGAAAGCAUCUGAUUGGUUAAUGAAUGCUAGUUUGUACCAAGCCCCGAACCCCUACACAUAUAACCCAUUCAAGAAAGAUCAUAGUCUGCCGGUGAAUGAAAUUGAUGGUACUCCUUCUAGAAACUUCUUCUCUGUUCUUAACGUCGGCCAGUAUUACACCGAGGAUCAAGUAUUAAAUAUCUUCACCUUUUCACUGCUGUACAAGUGGCUAAGUCAUCCAAACACUGGCAAACAGCAGUCCCGGACUGUAACCCCAACAGGGGAGACAACCCACACUUCCACUAUCUUCACCACCUUGGUGCCCAAAACAGUGGAUUACUGCUUUCGAAUUCUGGACCAGUGUGAAAGGAAACCUAAAGUACCACAGGAUUGUGAUCUUCAGGAUGCAUGUCUGUUGGAAGUGGUGAAAAUUUUGGACCUUGUCUGUAAGAUUGAUCAUGGACAGCUGUCUAAGGUGUUCCAGGAAAUCAAACGCUUGUUUUCCCGACUGACACAGAAGGACACUCCUCCACGCAUACUGCUGCAGAUUCUUCAGUUCUUCUUAAACCACAGUGAAGAAGUUGUCUAUGACCCUCAGCAGGCCUAUGACAUGUACUUCGGUCACCUAAUUUCACUACAUUGUGGGAACGCGUCUGUGGCCUAUGAAACUCUACAGUUUAUAACAGAUAACUUGGAAACUCUGUGUUAUAAGACAAAUGUCCUUAGCAAAUACUUUCCCAAUAUAUUUAAGAUCCUAGCUUGGAAUCCACGGUCUUUCAUCUGUGAGAUGAUGGAGAUUUUACCAGCUGUCAUGUCACCGGCAUCAACUAUUGAGGUGUUUCAUGCUUUGCUGGAUCUGCCAUGUAUCUGCGCUGCCUUGGAGGUAUCUGAGAGAGCUCUGAAAGGGGAGAGCACUCCAGCUCAGACUCCAGCGCAAGGUGGUGAGCUGACCUCAUUGGAAGCAUACAGAGACCCCCUCUACAAUUUGAUGUUCAAGUUCGUGAUGAGGGUGGAAGGUGGUUGUGGGGAUACAAUCAGCAGGUUGAAGGACUUACAUGACAUCCUUCAUGACAUGUGUAACAGCCCACGUGUGGUUGUGUGUGGACAGGUAGUUCCUGUGCUGCUCAGGGUAUUUUUCACAGUUAUUGGUGAGGAGGGGGAUGAGAAAUUAGCCAAUCAGAUGUUCCCUGUGAUACUGGAGAGAACAGGACUGUUGUACGAGAUUCCAGAGUACCAGAUAGAUGUCAGAAGACUCUUGGCUGAAAGUGUGUAUCAACUGUUCAGAGCCUACCCUAGUCUGGUGGUUGACCAGUACACCGAGAUCAUGGAGUAUAUCAUGUCUACGAGGAACAUCACACACAAGGAGCGUCUCUUCUCUCACCUGGUGUGGGGUAUAGGUGAAUACUGCUCUAACAGCCAUGAUAAGAGAUGUACCCCUGAGAUGAUUUGCAAGUAUUACGAGGCUCUGGAGGCACUGACAUACGAGAUUUCAGGGAUGGUUCAGUCAGCACCCAGCGAGGAGCUCAGCUCUUUCUCACCCAGACUCGUCACCAUCUUGUUAUCAGCACUGGCUAAGCUGGCCACAAGAUGUCAGGACUUGAUUCCCCGGGUCAUCCUCUGUCUGACAAAGGUCAGCCAACAACAACUGAACAGUAACCUGGAGCCUGAAACCAAGGAGAGCCUGGUGGACAGAGCCCAGGAGCUCAUCAACCUGCUCAAACUUCCCAACUUUGCAUCGGUAAUACUGAAUCCCUCGGCAGACAUUGAAUCUGGCAGUUCACAUAAAGAUCACACCUCUGAGGCUGUCAUUUUGAGGACCACCCACAGGAUUCUCAGACCAGAUCUGUGACACCUGAUCUUUCUGAGUGACAUUGACAGAGAUCUGCCAUCUGAUCUUUCUGAGUCUAACAUUUGACAGAGACAUCUCUGACUUUUGACAGAGAUCACACUUCUGAUUGUGUGAUCAUAAUGCUUGAUAACACACAGGAUUUUCUGACAUCUAAUGGAGAUCACACACCUCCGAGUCAGUAAGCUUGAGGACUGCAGAGGAUUCUUGGAUCAGAGCUCCGACAUGUUAUCUGUGGUUGGGAUCCACAAGGGAGGACUUCAUAUUCCGCGGUAUGGAAAGAGAACAUCAUCUGCUCCUGAUCAUGCUCAAAUACAGCAUAGAUAACGAAACAGGAGAUAUUUCUUUCAUGUAGAACACACAUCCAGCUUGUUUCAUGAACCUUUGUGUUCUGACCUAGCGCUGUCAGAUUUCCAGCUAAAUGUAUUCAAUUCAGUGUAUUCUGAAAAUGGUGCUAUUUAUGGUAUUUGUAAGAAAGUGUGGCCUUCAAGAUACCAGACGCAUUAGUUUUUAAUGUACAUAUGCCAAUCUGGUCUCCCAAAAUGCAGUUUGUAAAUUCACCUCUCAGAGACUGUUCUCCAGUUUUACUGUUACAUCCCAUUUAUCUAUACGACUUCCCUAAUGGAUAGGAUAUGAUUGGGGGAGUCGGUGCCAUAUCGUUUAAGACAUGUUAAAUCUGUGCUGCCUUUCUGUCCUAAGGCUAUCACUGUUAGUUAGCGCAAGCGGAAAUUGUUUUUAUGGAAGCAACAAGUUGAACGGCUAAGCUGAUUGUAACUACCACGACAGCAAGUCUUCAACCAUAGUGGUUACAAUAAAUA